CGCGACGUCAAUGUUCACCAACUAUUACGAGGAAGUGGUUGCAAAUCGGUUCGCGCGUGCAUAAUUUUGUGAUUUUUCUUUUAAAUUUUGGCUUCAUUACAUUUGUAACUAAUUGCAAAGUGUUCCUAGGAGUGCACCUCAAGUGGUAGAUAACGUUAAGUUUGCCCCAAUGUGGGCCAAACACGGAAGAAUUGCAGUCAAAACGUUUCCUUCCUCGGACGAAAUUUUCUUCCUCCAUCCCCAGCAGCACCAUAAGAAAAGUAGUAACAGCAAGAAGAAAAAGAAAAAUCGAAACGUCAUCCGCGAAGAAAAUAGCUGGUGCUAUCGUGUAUUGCAAAGCAAAACAAUCAAACGCCCCGUGGAUUUGUCGCCGUUUCACAGUAUUGUUGUUAAUCGGAUCAAGUUGGUGGCAACAAUUGAAGAGAGCUUCAACCGCGGCAGCGUUGGAAGCGCUCGUGUGCCCCGUUAGAUGGAAUUAUGAACCAAGAGCCCUGCUCAAACGCCCUCACGCAGAUCACUUACCUCGUUUCGAACUUGAAUAAGAAGAACUUAGCGUCGAGUAGUCGACAGUUAGCACAGUUUGUGAAAGACUUUGGAUUGGAAGCCGAUCGUCAUCUGCUGCGUUGUUUGUUCUCUGCCAUAGACUUCCCCGGUGCUGCCGCUGGAGACGCUUCAGUAGGAUCCUCCCGGAGCAGCAAUAGCAAUAAUAAUAGUUCGCCUCUGCAGGCUCGUCUGCUAUCGCAGGAGCUCGUUGGAUUGCUGGACAAACCGCAGCUGGUCGGGAACAUUUGCCAAGCGGUGGACGAUCCGCUACCGCAUCAAAGGACUCUUGUACCAUCGGUCAACCUUGCGACGCAAAUUGCGAGAACCCUCAACUGUUCGCUGAUUCAGGAAGCCGCCCUUUCGUUGGCCCUACUCCACUCCGCACAUCCGGACACUGUACUCAGCGCGGAAGCUCUCGGUCGUAGCUGUUUGGGUGAACUUAUUCAGUCUUACAUCGAUUUAGAACCCAGUCAACCGAACCAGGAAGGAAGUCUAAACGACGUUUCGCCUGAAGUCUUGCAGCACAUUCUUUCGCUCAUCUCCCACGACAAACAUCGAGUGCUUGGUCUGUCGGAUACAACCUACGUCAAGUUUGUGCAGCAGCUGUGUCGCGAUUUUCCGCGGGAUCGAGUACCCUUGAUACUAGCUCCAUUACUUUACCCAGAAGACUCGGAAAUUUCGGCCGAAUCGGUCAAACUGAAUUCGCAAGCCCUGCUGCGUUCGUCUGUGAUGGACACGGCUUGGGGCAGUCUAGUGAUGGAGAUUGGUUAUACUUUUACGACCUCGUUGGAGGACUGUAAAAAUCAUCUGCUCAAGGUCGGUGGAAGGGAGAUUUCGGCGCAAGAUGUUGCCAAGAUAAUAUCGUCUAUGUGUUUAACGCAUGCGUCUCUUUCGGAGAGUAGUAUCAAUUUACCGACACCCAGUAGCUUUUGGCCGCAAGGAAAUGAUCCUGGAGGGAAAGGAAAGGAUAGUCAAGGUGGGGGUUCCGGAGGAGAGAACAGCACCUGGAAGCCGGAGAUUUUUGUGCAGGCUCUGAAGGAAGUAAUACCAGGUUUGAAUUGGAAGGAUGUCUGUUUGGCGCUAGAUCAUCCGGAAUUUCUUAUCAAGGAUAGAGCAGGGCUUUCAUUGCUGUUAUCGAUUGUAAAAAUGGGAGUCCAAUCUAGUGGUUUGGGACAGCAUUUCCCCGUAGAGUGUGUCUAUCAGCGCUGGACAAACGUGGAAGGCCAGCUGUCGUUGAUUACAAUGAUUUUGAAGUGUCCAGAUUUGUACUCAUUUGCUGAUCAUAUCUACACGAGCGUUUCGGUCGACUUACUGAAAACGCCACCGGAAACGGAUAAUAAAGAGGUAGCUUCGUGGAUGUCUCUUCAUCUGGUUGACGUUCUGCUGUAUAUCGCUGACAAUGGAUUCUACGCCCAAGCUAUGGAGCUAUUCAAAAUUCCGAUUCAACUGUGCCCAGAUAUAAUUUUUAUGGCACUCUUGCAGAUCAAUCCACCGGUCUCUGUCUCGCGUCAGGAGCUGUUCACGACACUGAUUCCUAUAUUUCUAGGAAAUCAUCCAAAUUCUGGAACCAUUUUACAUCACGCCUGGAACAAUACCAAUUUCAAUCCCUCAUUGAGACACAUUAUUUUACAUUCGAUGAGUGAGUGGUAUCUUCGUGGAGAGAACGAUCAAUCGCGCCUGUCUCGCAUACUGGAUGUAGCCCAAGAUCUGAAGGCACUUUCAAAUUUGUUGAACGUUAGAUCAUUUAUUUUCAUAAUUGAUUUGGCUUGUUUGGCCUCACGGCGUGAGUAUUUGAAAUUGGAAAAGUGGCUGGCCGACAAAAUACGUGAACACGGGGAACCGUUUGUGAAGACCAUCAUCAAAUUUCUUCAACGACGCUGUCCACAGAUCAUGGUCGGAAAAUUUGCUGACGAACAAAUUCCUAAAUCAGCUCAGCUACCACCGGAGACGUUGAGUACGAUUUUGACUUGUUUGCAAGCAUGUGUUGGUAAUGUUAGCCAAGAAGUAGCGGAAAUUAUUAUGGGAAUGGCUCAAUAUAAUCUGCUGUUGACCAGUAAAACUCGCGCCCAACAGGCACCUCAACAGCAACAACCUCCGCCGCCUGGUGUUCUAAGACCGCACCGUGGUUUGGAAACCCCCUUCAAUGCUUCAGCUUUGGGAGGACAGAUCUUCCCAGGGCCAUCUGUUGAGCCACUUUCCGGAUUGGCUGGCAAUAUGGCUGGUUUGAACCUGGGUGCUCCAGGGAAUAGUGCUUUUAGUUUCGGAAGUGCCCUCGGAAAUCUUGUAUCGACUCCAGCAUCUCCGUCUAGGCUGCUAGCUGGUCCAUCAAACAGUCCUUUCCCGUUGAUGUCAAUGCCGCCAACGGCACCAGUUGGGAAUAUCGGACGCUUGCCGCAAACUCCCACAGGAGACAAGUUGACAUUACCCAAUGCAGGUCAAACUUCCUUCCCAGAGAUCGGUUGUCAGCAGGUAUCGAAAGAAGUCGAAGAUGAAGCUAACAGCUACUUCCAGCGGAUAUACAAUCAUCCACCGCACAAUAAUUUGUCUAUCGAUGAAGUGUUAGAUAUGCUACAGCGCUUCAAAGAUUCGCCGAUUCGUCGAGAAUGUGACGUAUAUCAAUGUAUGCUGCGCAACUUGUUCGAGGAAUACAAGUUUUUCCCUCAGUAUCCGGACAAGGAACUGCAGAUCACGGCGCAGCUUUUUGGAGGCAUGGUCGAAAGAAACCUGGUUACUACCUAUGUUGCCCUGGGUCUAGCACUUCGUUGUGUUCUUGAUGCUCUGAAGAAGCAAGAAGGAUCCAAGAUGUAUUAUUUUGGCAUCACAGCAUUGGACCGUUUCAAAAACAAACUGCACCUGUACCCAAAGUACUGCGAAUACGUUCAUUCAAUUCCGCACUUCGAUCAGUUCCCACCGCACUUGAUUGAGUACAUCGAAUUUGGAGCACAAGGCCUAGAACCACCGAACAAAACACUUGGACCAGGACCACUACCUGCAUCCAUCACCCAACUUUUACCGGGGCCAUCUGUAGUAGCCGGUGGAAAUCCGCUUUACCGUAGUAAUUCUGUAACAGGAACUAGCAACCUGACAGCAGCAGCAGCUCCGGCACCAGCAAAGGUUAAUCUGGGAACACAGCUAACUACCAGUUCCCAACCACCGCGUGUUAAGUCCAUUGCUAAUGCGACUAACAUCGAUACCCUGCUGGUAGCCACUCAGGAUGGAGAAGAGAAGAUCAUCACUCCACCAGACGCCAUGCAGGACAAAACUGCCUUCAUCUUCAACAAUUUGAGUCAAAUCAAUCUUCAACAAAAGUGCGAAGAAAUUAAAGAUAUCAUUCAAAAGGACUACCAUGCAUGGUUGGCUCAGUACCUGGUGCUGAAACGAGCUUCAAUAGAAGUUAAUUUCCACGUGUUGUACUCCAACUUUCUGGAUGCCCUUAAAAUUUCAGAAAUCAACAAACUGGUGACAAAGGAAACUUUUCGGAACAUCAAAGUACUUCUACGUUCCGAUAAAGGAAUUGCCAACUUUUCCGACAGAAGUUUGCUUAAGAACCUGGGUCACUGGCUCGGAAUGAUGACAUUGGGACGUAACAAACCGAUUCUGCAGUUAGAUAUUGAUAUGAAAUCACUCCUGGUGGAAGCAUACAAUAAGGGUCAGCAAGAGCUUCUGUAUGUGGUUCCAUUUGUGGCCAAAGUGCUUGAAUCUUGCGCAAAAAGUAAGGUGUUCAAGCCUCCAAAUCCAUGGACGAUGGCCAUCAUGAAUGUAUUGGCAGAGCUACAUCAAGAGCAGGAUCUUAAAUUAAAUCUAAAAUUCGAGAUUGAGGUUCUAUGCAAGAACCUGAACAUUGAUGUUACAGAUUUGAAGCCAGCGGUGUACUUGAAGGAUCCGGAACGUGCCCAAAAUAUUGAGUAUCAGCUUUCCCAGCCGAAAUUGGUUAAGGAAAUGCAACCGAUACCUGUUAUGCAGCAGGUUGCCGAGGAAAUGGUGUCUGCCGGACCUUCUGGAUCUCCGGCCAUUCCUGUUAUGGACCCAUCACUAGCCGUUACUGGUCCCCCUGAACCACGCUUCCAUUACUCCGAUAUCAACAUCGCCAGUUUUGCUUGUAUCAAUCAACAUGUGACCUACUCGCCAAACAUCACACUCCUGCAUACUCACCCUCAUCUAAAACAAAUCGUCAAAACAGCCUUGGAACGAACCAUCACCGAUUGGAUUACUCCGGUUGUGGAGAGAAGCGUCAAAAUCGCGUCUAAAACUUGUGAGCAGAUCAUCAAAAAAGACUUUGCUCUCGAUUCGGACGAGCAACGCAUGCGAACAGCAUCCCAUAAUUUGGCACGCAAUCUGGCAGCUGGUAUGGCGAUGAUCACCUGCCGCGAUCAGCUGAUGCAAAACAUUCAGACCAACAUUAAAACCGCCUUCAUGACGACACUCAGCCCGGCGCAGAAGGACGUGGCGGAAGCUGCAGCGAACCAGUUAGCUGCAGACAACAUGGAGCUGGUAUCGGCGUUCAUACAGAAAACUGCUAUUGAGAAAGUUGUUCCCGAAAUGGAUAAACUGCUCGCAACGGAAUACGAUAUGCGUAAAAUUGCUCGCCAGGAAGGCCGCAGAUACUGCGACGCCAGUGUAUUGACUUACCAGGCUGAGCGAAUGCCGGAACGGAUUCGGUUGAGCGUUGGAGGAGUCUCGCUAAGCCAACUGGCGGUGUACGAGGAGUUUGCAAGAAAUAUUCCCGGCUUCCAACCAAUUACCGAUCGAGAUAAUGCGCUGUUUGCACCGAAGUUGGUAGUGGAUCCGAUUCCACAGCAGCAACAGGUUCCGCAGUUCGCAGCUGCAGCCGCCGCUGUUGCCGCUGUAACUCCAGAUGAGAUUGGUGUGCUGUAUGAUGAACUAGCGAGCAAGAUGGAAGCGUUCCUGAAUAGUGCGGUCAAUAUGCCACAGUUGCAGGUACACGUCAACAAUAUGCACACACUGCUGGAGUGUCUGAUCAUUUCGCGUCGGUCCCGGGAAAACCUAACCGCUUGUAACCUGCUGAACAAAGCCGUCGAAGGUAUAAUGGAAGGUCUGAUGAACAUUCCCGACCAUAUCGAUCAGAUCAAACUAUACAGAGACAUUCAUCUUCGGGUGAUGCGGUUGCUACAGGACCCACGUGCAUUCGGGCCAGUUUGGACUAAUAAGGCGAUCACUCGUUACAUGCUCGAAUGUCGCGAAGACGUUCGUUACAACGUGGAAGCUGUUGACCUGUUGAUUUCAUCAAAUUUUGUCAACAUGCCCCAGUACGACAUGAUGCUGAUGCAGCUUAUGGACAACGGAAAUAACUAUGUGGCAGUUGUGUUUGCUAUGCAACUGGUACAAACCUACUUCAUCGACGAACGCCCCAACUCGGUUAUUACGGAAAACGAUCUGUUGAACACGAUUGAUCUGCUGGCUAGAUUGGCCGUUCAUUCAAGAGCUCCUGAAGGUUUGGCACAUUUAAUUGAAAUGCUUCGCUCGAACCAUGACCCCAACACGUUCUUGGUGGAUCGUGCACUCGCUGGACCGACGUCGUACAUCCACUCAGGCAUCAUUCAGGCUAGGGCUACCGAUAUCGAAGACCCACCAGGUUUCGCCGAUCGAACGGAGUAUCUGUUGAAGGAUUGGAUUACCAUCUAUCACACUCAGGCUGCCGGCCGAGAUCCAAUUAAGGCUUUCAGUAUCUUCGUGAACAAAAUGAAUGUGUACGGGAUAUUAAAGGGUGACGAACCGCUUACAAGAUUUUUCCGUCAUGCAACCCAAUGUUGCAUUGAUUUGACUUAUCGGAACAUGAACGAUCCAAGCUCGAAAUCGAAAAUAUUCCAAUGGAUUGACGCUUACGUGCGCUUGAUUGCUUUGCUUGUGAAGCACUCCGGAGAGAGUGGCAAUUCGAGUACUAAGCUCAAUCUACUGAAUAAGGUGUUGGGAAUUGUAGUAGGAAUUCUGCUGCAAGAUCAGGAAGUGCAUGGUACAGCUUUCCAACAGCUGGGCUACCACCGAAUCUUCAUAAUGCUGUUCCUCGAGCUAAGUGCGCAUGAUCCAGUACUGGAAAAUAUCAGCCUCAGUGUAAUUACAGCUUUCUGUCACACGUUCCACAUUCUAAGACCAUCGCUAGCACCAGGGUUCUGCUACUCCUGGUUGGAACUCAUCUCGCACCGUGUUUUUAUCGGUCGCAUUCUGGCUUCGAUUCCUCAACAGAAGGGAUGGUCCAUGUAUUCACAACUGCUGAUUGAUCUGUUUAAAUAUCUCGCUCCGUUCCUCCGUAAUGCAGAACUUGCCAAGCCGGUUCAGCAUCUUUAUAAAGGAACAUUGCGAGUAUUGCUAGUGUUGUUGCAUGAUUUCCCCGAGUUUCUGUGCGAUUAUCAUUUUGGAUUUUGCGAUGUUAUUCCUCCGAACUGUAUCCAGAUGAGGAAUCUGAUCCUGUCGGCGUAUCCUAGGAACAUGCGUCUACCGGAUCCAUUCACACCGAAUUUGAAGGUUGAUAUGUUGACCGACAUCGGUGGAGCACCUCGAAUUUUCACCAACUAUGCCGCUGCAAUAACUCCCAACAGUUUUAAAAAAGAUCUGGAUUCGUAUCUGAAGGCACGUUCACCGGUGACGUUCCUCUCGGAAUUGCGUAGUAAUUUACAAAUUUCCAACGAGCCCGGUUCCCGGUACAACAUCCCGCUGAUGAACGCUCUGGUGUUGUACGUAGGAACGCAGGCAAUCGCCCAUAUUCGCAGUUCGAAGAAUCUGGGUCCCACGAUGGCAACUAUUGUGCACAGCGCCCAUAUGGACAUUUUCCAGAAUCUUGCGGUGGAUCUAGAUAACGAGGGUCGAUAUCUGUUCUUGAAUGCAAUUGCUAACCAGUUGCGAUAUCCGAACAGUCAUACGCAUUACUUUAGCUGCGCGAUACUGUAUCUCUUUGUGGAGGCCAACUCCGAGGCGAUUCAGGAACAAAUUACUCGCGUUCUGCUGGAACGACUGAUUGUGAACCGUCCACACCCGUGGGGCCUUCUGAUAACAUUUAUCGAGCUGAUCAAAAAUCCGGCGUAUAAGUUCUGGGAUCACGAUUUCGUGCACUGUGCACCGGAAAUCGAAAAAUUAUUCGAAUCGGUGGCCAAUUCGUGCAUGGUUGUCAAAUCGAAGAGUCAACAGCAGAUGCCGAAUGUGGAGUCGGAAAUUGCGGAAUGCAAUUAGAAAUUGCCGCAAAGUGUGUGUGAUUUUGCAUUAAAAUGAAACGAUAGCACUAGUUUUAACGAUAAGUGAAAAGGGCUGAAUUUGGUUUUGAAUAUAGUUGAUGAGGAUGAACUGAAACAUCGGUUGUUAUCGUGACGGUAAAAGUCAAAAGGCGUGUGUUACAACGUUUAUUGAGAAUAUUUCAGUGUUUUGUAACUAACAAAAAAUAGUGAAUGAUUGUUUUAUGAAUUUAAGAAGAGAUUGUUUCGAUUACCUUAAUUUUCUGUUCUUUUAAACUGCAACACACAUUUUUCUCCAUAAUUGUCCUGUACAUAAUAUUCAUCGUUUUGUAAUGUUUUAUUUUUUAUUGAAACAUAUUGGGCAAACGCUUGUAUUAUAUUAAUUUCUUUACUGCCCUGAACUGCACUUUACAUAGUAAGUAUAUACCGAGUGGUCCAACAAAUAAAGCAACAUAAAACAGUGCACAGUAUAAUCGCGUAUUGAAACACGCAUGUCCCGUUUGAUAGUGAUGUAAUCGCAGAAGGGUUCAAAACUCCGUAAUGAAUGUCACAAAUUAAUGUGCUUUAUUCAAACGAUGAAUAUGAAAAGAAACUCAACGGGAAGAAACAAUUAUUUGUGUCUUAGUGGCUUAGAUGUUAGUAUAUGACCAUUAUCGAUAAUUCAUACUGUAACUAUAGUAAUUUAAAAAUAAAUAAACAGCAACAAAAUGAAAAA